AUGUCGGAAUUGACUGAACCCCAUCUUCAUCACCAUGUACAAAUCAAGGAGUCAAUUCUUGUGGGAAAAGCAUUACUAAACUUUACCACAUUUUUUGUGACCCUUGGGAUUUUAGUAAUGGGGUUUGAACAAUCUGUUUACGCCCCCAUUAUUACUAACAAGUAUUUCAAAGAAUAUUAUCAUAAUCCUACACCAACAGAAAUUGGGUUUAUGAUUGCUAUUUUAGAGAUUGGAGCACUAUUUUCAUCAAUUAUUGCCGGCAAAGUUGGUGAUUUAGUUGGAAGAAAACGGGCCACUCGUUAUGGAGCAGUAUUUUUCUAUAUUGGGGGAUUUAUUCAAUGUAUUUCACCUAAUAUGUUUAUUUUAUGUAUUGGUAGAUUACUUGGUGGGUUUGGUAUUGGAUUCUUAACCACUGUUGUUCCAAUGUUUCAAUCGGAAAUUAGUCCGGCAGAAGCUCGUGGAUUUUAUGCCUGUGUUGAAUUUACUGGGAAUAUUAUUGGUUAUGCCAUUGGUAUUUGGUUAGAUUAUGCCUUUUCUUACCUUGAAAGUGAUUAUAGUUGGAAGGCACCUUUGAUUAUACAAUUCUUAUUAGGAGUUGUGUUAUGGUUAGGUACUUUUAUUGUUGUUGAAACUCCAAGAUGGUUAUUGAAUCAUGAUCAUGAUUUAGAAGGAAUGAUCGUCAUUGCCGAUUUAUACGCCGAUGGUGACGUUGAAGAUGAUCACGCAAUGAGUGAAUAUAGAAACAUUAAGGAAUCAGUAUUGAUUGAUAGAAUUGAAGGUGGUGAAAGAUCAUAUGAAUACUUGUUCAAGCGUUAUGCUAAAAGAUUAUCGGUGGCUUGCUUUGGAUUAAUGUUUGCUCAAUUAAAUGGGAUCAAUCUUAUUUCAUAUUAUGCCCCUAUGAUUUUUGAAGAAGCUGGUUGGGUCGGUAGACAAGCAGUGUUUAUGACAGGUAUUAAUGGUAUCAUUUAUGUCAUAAGUACUAUUCCUCCAUGGUAUUUGGUUGAUUCUUGGGGCAGAAAACCAUUGUUGAUGAGUGGAGCUUUAAUCAUGGGUAUUCCAUUUUGUAUCGCUGGUUAUUCCCUUUCUCUAAACAAUGAAUAUACUUCCACCAUCGUGGUUACAAGCAUUAUUAUUUCUAAUUUUGGUUUCGGGUUUUCUUGGGGUGGUAUUGGUUGGUUAUUGCCCGCUGAAGUAUUACCAUUAUCUGUUCGUUCAAAAGGUGCUGCCUUAGCAACAGCAACUAAUUGGUUUUCUAAUUUUGUUGUGGGGUUGGCAUCGCCUAUUUUAUUAGAUCAAAUUAAAUGGAAAACUUAUUUCAUCCCUGCUGUUUCAUGUUUUAUUUCGUUUUUCGCGGUUUGGUAUUUAUUCCCAGAAACAAAAGGUUUAUCGUUGGAAGAAAUGGGUUCAGUUUUUGAUGAUAAAUCAUCCAUAUUCUCUCACCAUGCUUCUGGAAGUGUUGGUGGAAGUAGUAGUAGUAGUAUCUUCAAUUAUGGUGCAACUGCUGAAUCCAAUAGAAGAACAUCAAUAACCAAUGAUUCAACCCCUGCAAUAGCAGGUUCAGUAUCCGGAGCCAUUGAUUCAAUUCAUCAAUCAGCAGCAUCAAUGGCAAGAAACCCCACUAGCAACAGUAAUCAACAAUUGGAUGGAAUUAUCACUGGGGCCGCACCACCUCCAAUGCCUACCAGUAUCGCUGCUACCACUACAAAUAACAUCAAACCAGUCAAAUCAGAUACAGCUGAUGCUCUCUCAUUGGAUUCGGGAUUUGGUGGUUCCCAAUCAGAUAUUGUUCAAGAAAUCGAACCACCUUCAUUGGAAGAAAUUCUUAAGUAUAAAGUUCAAAAACAAGCUGAACCUAAUGCAUUUAUUGCUACAUUCCAUUGGUUAUUUUCGAAAAAGGGUCAUACCAAUGAUGAAGAAAGUAGAUUAUUACAACAAUAG